GCGCCUCCUCAUUUGCAUGCUUUUACCUUUGCGCCCGGCAGCAGCCAAUCAGCGGGCGCGGCGCCUGGCAGCGGGCGCCGCUCACCUGCUGCGGCCGCGCCCGCUCGCUGUCGGCGCCACCCCGCUCCCCGUCCCCCGCCUCCUGCUGCGCGGUCCCCGGCGGCGGCAGCGGCGCGAUGGUGUGCGGGGGCUUCGCCUGCUCCAAGAACUGCCUCUGCGCCCUCAACCUGCUCUACACGCUGGUCAGCCUGCUGCUGAUUGGAAUUGCGGCAUGGGGAAUCGGCUUCGGCCUCAUCUCUAGUUUCAGAGUUGUUGGAGUGGCAAUUGCAGUAGGAAUCUUCCUCUUCCUGAUUGCCUUAGUCGGAUUGAUUGGUGCAGUGAAACAUCAUCAAGUGUUGCUGUUCUUUUACAUGAUUAUUCUUUUGCUAGUCUUUAUUGUCCAGCUUUCUGUCUCCUGUGCCUGUUUGGCACUAAACAAGGAACAGCAGAGUCAACUUCUGGAGGUGGGAUGGAAUAACACUAACAGUGCAAGAACAGAUAUUGAGAGAAACCUGAAUUGUUGUGGGUUCAGAGUUUUUGAUCCGAAUGAAGUCUGCUCUUCUGAUUGUUUUAGAAGUCACCAGUGUCAACCAUGUGCACCAAUAAUAGAAGAAUAUUCUGGAAUGGUGCUGAGAUUUGUUGGAGGCAUAGGACUCUUUUUCAGUUUCACAGAGAUUCUAGGAGUCUGGCUGACAUAUAGAUACAGGAACCAAAAGGAUCCUCGUGCAAACCCUAGCGCAUUUCUUUGAUAACUUUAUAGAGGACUGAAUAUUCUGUCUGCACCCUCUACUUCAAAAUGCUGGCUCUCUGUAGUUUGGUAUUUCUCCGUAAUAGGGAUUCUACAUGUAUGCAAAAGAAAACUUGAUUUCCAUAAGAAAUUUGUUAGUUUUCAUAUUUAAUUUUUCAGUAUUCUUCUAAGCAUCUCUAUCUUGAAGUAGACUGGUGCAUUUGGUAGCUGGGCAGAGUCAAAUUGCUGCUCUGAGCUGGUUAAAUAACUCUGUUAAGACUUUGGUAGUUGAUGUGUUGAACUCUAUACAGUGAGUUUUAUAGCACUACUGGCUUCUCUGGUGUCCAAAAAACCACUAAAGUAUUUUCUGCUGUAUUCGUUGAUUACAAAAAUUCACAUGAUUUCUCAUAAAAAUGCUAAAAUUAUAUGGUGGAUGGUUGGACAGUAUGAUUUGAUUAGGAUUUGAAAUUAACUUGAGUCAGAUUUUUUUGUCUUAAUAAUGGUCUCCCACUUUCCUGUUAAAGUAAAAAUAGAAGCUUUGUUGUUUUCUGUGGUGCACAUUAAGUACAUGUUAAUGACUACUGUAGUCUUCACCCCUCCCCUUCCCUGUUUGUUUUGGCUUUCUGGUAGCUUUAGAAUUUUGUUGAGAAGAAAAAUAAUUAAUUACUUUUUAAAUUGAUAUCUUCACUAUGAGAACAGCGAAUGAGUAAAAUCAGGAGAAUGUAAUCUGCAGCUGAUUAAACUUUGACUUGAAACUUUUUUGUUUUCUUUGACAAGUGAAUGAAGUUUGGGAUUUGCACAUCAGAAUCAAUAGUGUCUGUCAUCUUUGAUGUGAGAAACUCGAUGUGUGGAAAGUUGUUGUACAGCUCUUUUCUCAGAUGGUGUAAAAUUGUUGUUGUAAUAACUCCACAGUGUAUAUUCCUCUGUCAUCCAGCUAACAGUCUUGAUUUCAUGAGAGAUGGAAUGAUGUGUGAAAAAGAAAGUUAAAAAAAGUUUAAAAAAAAAAACAGUGGUGGUUUCCAGUAGUGGUUUUUGUUUUGUUUUAGAAAAAACAAAAGAAUUAAAGUUGGAAUGGUGCAUUA